UAAGUGAAAGGAGACUCACACACACACACUUCUCAUCAGCCGUCUUCACGUCGUUAAAGGAGUGUUUUAUUAUAUUUACCCCUGAGCCUGGUAAUUUCACAUCAGCGACAUGGGAUCAAGUGAGAGCAAGAUGACGGUGCAUGAAGAGAAAAAGGCAGAGCCAGCUGUCAAAAAGACUCAAAUCAGUCAUCUCAUAGAUCCACGCUCUCCCUCAGCUGGCAUCGAUCGAACACCCAUUCAGUUUGGUAAUGUGUCCAAAAUCUCUGCUGAAGUGAAAAAUGAGUGCCCUCCAACACUGAUUGAUCCCCGCUCUCCUUCUACUGGAAUUACUCGCACCCCUGUCAGAGAAGUCAUGCGGGCAACAGUUGGAUCCUUUGCUCGCCGCCUGGGCAUGAUUUUCCACCUUGAAGAUAAUGCCAAAGCUGCUGAUGGUUCUCAGAAAUGCACCAGUGAGCCUGUGGAUGAGAAGGAGGUCAUUAGAGGUGAGGAGCUGGCUCCCACCGAGCCCCUCCUGACUGCUCAACUGCCCGACAGCUAUGGCUCCCUAACUGAACGUGCUGAGCUCCCUGGCCCCGCCGUCACACCUCGUGUGCAGAGGGUUGAUGACGUUGUUAUUGUCGAAGAGCCUCAGGUGGAAGUGGAGAUAGAAACUGAAGCAGAUAUCAAUCUGGAUGAUGCUGAAGAAGCCAAAGAGUCUCCUCUUCACAAGAGACUGAGCAUGAGCUUGAUCGCGUACCAUGAGGGGGAAACCUCAUCUAACAUCUUUGUGGAGGUGCAUCGUGAAAAUACCUCGUCUCCCGAGCUCAGUGUAGAUGUAGAGCUCCUCGGGGAUGGCGUCGAUCACUGCUAUGCCCUUCCUUCUGUCGCUGUUGAACCAGAGUACCCUGCAGGUCCCUCUGUUACCACUGAUGCACCAGCUCACGUGUCUCCUGUGCAACCAGAGGAAGCACCGAAGCCGUCAUCCUCUGAAGUAGCAGAGGAGCCGAGGUCUGAGCCGUCUCCGCUUUCUGAGACUUCUCCAUCAGAACCUCCAGCAGUUUCCACCCCAGAGCCACCACAGGUCUGCACUGGCAUCCGCUGCCCAUCCUUCGACUCAAAGAGUCCAAGUCAGGUGGUGUUCAAGCCCCAGUGGCUGGGAAAAGGCUUCGGUGCCACUGGGCUGAGAGCCAAAGGAGUGCAGGGACACCGUGGAAAAGGAGGCUCCUCUCCGCUCGCUGUCCGUGUGGGUGUUAAGAACACGACGAAUGAAAACAAGGGACACUCUGGAAAACUGAAGCAGAAAGGCACCGAAGGUCGCUCCCCUCUGCAGAUCCUGAAGGAAACCAACUCGCUCAGGGAUCAGCGCACUCAGAUGAAGCUGAAGGUGUCCACUCCAGACACGAAGAGGCCUGGACAGACCGACCGCCGGGUGCUGGCAGUGUCUCUGGAUAAGGAGAACAGAUGAAGCGCCGCCGUGACAAUGAGCACAGUCCGUCCUUGUUUUAUUGCCAUUCUUUAAAUGAGCUUUUGUGUGUACAGUUUCUUUUAAACUGAUUUGUGGUGUGUAUAUAUGACUUAAGAUGCCACAAACUACAAUUCCCUCUUGCUCUGUCAUCUUGU